AUGACAGAGUAUUCAAAUAAAGUCUGUUAUACAAUGUUACAUUCUAGAGUGUUUAGAGAAAAUGUUAAUAUAACAAAAUAUGUAUCCGAUGAUGAAUUUGGCAAUGUGUUUGUUGCUCUUACUAGGUACAAAUUAGAACUGGAUGAAGAUGCAGAUAUGAUUACUGUGACUGAUAAUGACCUUGACGAAGUGGUGAGAAAGAUUUCUGGACAUAUCUCAGAAAAUUAUAACUCACUAUAUAAUCCAUCUGUCGAAUAUUGCGAGUAUCAACGUAUUGUUAAAUCUAACAAUAGAUUAGGAUCUAAUGAUCACGAAAGGCAAAUUCUUAAAGAUUAUAAUGAUCAUCAUAGGCUUGAUUCAUCAAUUGUCUGA